GGCGCGGGCCGGGGGCGCGUCAUGUGGCCGCUCACGGUCCCGCCGCCGCCGCUGCUGCUGCUGCUGUUGCUGCUGCUGUGCCCAGGCCUCGCCGGACAGACUCUCUUCCAGAGCCCAGAGGAGGGCUGGCAACUGUACACCUCAGCCCAGGCCCCUGACGGGAAAUGCAUCUGCACCGCGGUCAUCCCCGCGCAGAGCACCUGCUCCCGCGAUGGCCGCAGUCGCGAGCUGCGGCAGCUGAUGGAGAAGGUCCAGAACGUCUCUCAGUCAAUGGAAGUCCUUGAGUUGCGGACGUAUCGUGACCUCCAGUAUGUGCGCAGCAUGGAGACUCUUAUGCGGAGCCUGGAUGCACGGCUCCGGGGAGCUGAUGGGUCCCUCUCAGCCAAGAGCUUCCAGGAGCUAAAGGACAGGAUGACAGAGCUAUUGCCCCUGAGCUUGGUCCUGGAGCAGUACAAGGCAGACACACGGACCAUCGUGCGCCUACGUGAGGAGGUGAGGAAUCUCUCCAGCAGCCUUGCAGCCAUCCAGGAAGAGAUGGGUGCCUACGGGUAUGAGGACCUGCAGCAGCGAGUGAUGGCUCUGGAGGCCCGGCUCCAUGCCUGCGCCCAGAAACUGGGCUGUGGGAAGCUGACUGGGGUCAGUAACCCCAUCACGAUUCGGGCUAUGGGGUCUCGCUUUGGCUCCUGGAUGACUGACACAAUGGCCCCCAGUGCGGACAGCCGGGUCUGGUACAUGGAUGGCUAUUACAAAGGCCGACGGGUCCUGGAGUUCCGCACUCUGGGAGACUUCAUCAAAGGCCAGAACUUUAUCCAGCACCUGCUGCCCCAGCCGUGGGCAGGCACGGGCCACGUGGUGUACAACGGCUCCCUCUUCUACAACAAGUACCAGAGCAACGUGGUGGUCAAGUACCACUUCCGCUCGCGCUCUGUGCUGGUGCAGAGAAGCCUCCCAGGGGCAGGUUAUAACAACACCUUCCCCUAUUCUUGGGGUGGCUUCUCUGACAUGGACUUCAUGGUGGAUGAGAGUGGGCUCUGGGCCGUGUACACCACCAACCAGAACGCAGGCAACAUCGUGGUCAGCCGGCUGGACCCGCACACCCUCGAGGUCAUGCGGUCCUGGGACACCGGCUACCCCAAGCGCAGUGCCGGCGAGGCCUUUAUGAUCUGUGGAGUGCUCUACGUGACUAACUCCCACCUGGCCGGGGCCAAGGUCUACUUCGCCUACUUCACCAACACGUCCAGUUACGAGUACACCGACGUGCCCUUCCACAACCAGUACUCCCACAUCUCCAUGCUGGAUUACAACCCCCGGGAGAGGGCGCUCUACACCUGGAACAAUGGCCACCAGGUGCUCUACAACGUCACACUCUUCCACGUCAUCAGCACUGCUGGGGACCCCUAGGGGCUGCCAUAGCCCAGGCUGCCACACAAGGGCCACUGGGGCCCCGAGGGGGACCUUUCCAUUCUGCCUGUAUCCCUUAAGAAUUACCUGUCUGUUGUAUCCCCCCUCACCUUCCCGGAACUACUUUUUCUCGGCCGGCCUUUCCGCCAGCUUCUGUUCUCUGCCUGUGUAUUUCUAUCAAUGCAUUUUUUUCAUUUUUGCCUCUUCUUCUUUAUUGAUCUCUCCUUUUGAUACUCUGUCUUUCUGCCUUUUUUU